AUGAGCAACGGCUGUUUUGAUAUUCUACAGCCCGGCCAUGUUGCCAAUCUUGAGCAAUGCAAGGCGCUCGGCGAUAUUCUCAUCGUUGCGAUCAAUGAUGAUGCUUCGGUGCAGCGCUUAAAAGGCAUGCAACGGCCGAUAAAUCCACUCAAUCAACGUAUGCAGGUGCUUGCCGGAUUAUCCAGUGUCGAUUAUCUGGUGGCUUUUGGUGAAGACACGCCCGAGCGAAUCAUUGGUGAAAUCCUGCCGGAUAUUCUCGCUAAAGGUGGCGAUUAUCGGGUCGAUCAAAUUGCUGGUGCCGAUGCUGUUCUGAAAAACGGUGGCCGAGUCGAGACCAUCGAUUUACUCGAGGGUUAUUCAAAAGCACCUGCCACCGAUCCGUAUCGGUUGCAGGAACCAAAAAAGGUUCAUUUGCAGAGCUAA